GAAGAAAAGUAGUACAUACUUAAAAUAUUUUUGCAACAAAUACAGUGGCUAAAAAAAUUGGAAAUCCAAGAUAGGACAACACCAUGGCAGUAAUUAUUACUAAAUAUUUCUAAUAGUCUCCUUUAUGGAAGUAUUUCUUUAAACAAAGAUUUAACUUUUCGUUCACUGAAUGUUAACUGCUAAUGGGGAACUGUGCAAUCUAUUUUUGUUGAAUGCAACUGAAUUCCUCUUUUUAUUUAUGGCAGAAAACUAAAAUAUUUUGAAAGCAACUGCCAUAAAGGAACAAUUUUCCCCAAAAGGUGCCUUUUGGUUGAAGGCAGCAUUUUAUAGUUCCAUUUCCCAAAGGAUAAUUUGUAAAAGCUUUUCCUGAGGAAACCAGACAUGGAAUGGUUGAUCUCCCUCCCUGGAUGGUGGGCUUUGAUCCCUGUGCCAGUCUCAAGGAGAUUUGGUUGUGGUUAUAUUCCGUGAUGACAUAGGAAGCUAUUCUGCACAUCUGCCAGCUCGCAAAGCAUUUCCAUUUCCCCUAACUAACUUUUGCUAUUAGCCUAUUCUCCCCACAUUCCCAACAACCCCCCAACCCCCAGAUUCUGCCACUCACCAGCACACCAGGGGUGACUUUUGAGAUGUGGGAAGAAACUGGAGCACCCAGAGGAAACAUGGUCACAGGGAGGUAGUCCUAAGUCCACACAGACAGAACCAGUGGUCAGGGUUGAACCUGGGGUUAUGAAGUAGCAACUCUGCUAGCUGUACCACUGGUCCUAUGCUUGCAGGCCUCAUUCUGAUUGCAGUCAUGUCUCCAGUCAGACACAUGUCCAGCCAAGUCCUCCUUGAUGUUGCUUGUUCUUUCUCCUUGGCAACUUUGUAUUUUUAAAAAGCUGGUUUUGGCCGUGGCUCAUAGAAAACGGUAGUCCAGUGUCGAUCAUAAUCAGUAACUCUGAUAGAUGAAAUGUUCAGUGCCAUUCAUGAUGCUGUAUUACAAAAUAAAAAUAGCAGUUUUUGCUUUCUUUUGAUUUUAGCAAUUUUUCUUUUGUAUGUUGGUGUCUUUUGGGUUUCCGAUUUGAUAAUUAUCCUUUUUUUUAAGCAGGAUCCAACUAUAAAUCCACUGCAGCGGGAGAAUGUGGUUCUGUGGCUCAGAGACUUGUGCUCUAAGUUUGGAUACUACCCUGAGACCUUCUUUUUUGCAGUUAGUAUUCUUGAUCGCCUCCUAGCAUCUGUCAAGGCACAACCAAAGUAUCUUCGUUGCAUUGCCAUUUCCAGCUUGUUCAUCGCAGCCAAAAUCAAUGAGGAAGAUGAGGUCACACUGCUAGUAAAGGACCUCACAGCAAAGAGUGCCAGCGGCUGUUCUUCUAGUGAGGUGGUGAGGAUGGAAAAGAUCAUACUGGAGAAGCUGCAGUGGGACCUUUACACCGCCACACCGGCAGACUUUUUGAACAUAUUCCACGCCAUGGUGAUGUCCAGCCGGCCCCAUCUCCUUGACCAAUGGCCUCAGAUGAAGCCCUCUCUCCAUGCUGCACUCUUAACCAGGCAGCUGCAGCACUGCAUGGCCUGCCACCAGUUACUGCAAUUCAGAGGCUCCACGCUUGCCUUAGCGAUCAUCAGCUUGGAAGUGGAAAGACUGACUCCUGACUGGUUCGCUGUUACAACUGAUCUGCUAAAGAAAGCACAGAUUCACAGCUCAGCUUUUAUCUGCUGUAGAAACAUUGUGGAGCAGCAAUUAUUACUGCCCACAUUGGCCUGGGAUCCCAACGCGGUCUAUGUCUUUGAUCCUGCAAAUUCAGUCAUUGAGAGGCAACAGUGGGGAAGAAUGUUUUACACUCAUUCUGGGAAAUGUGAUCUGAAGUCUGAUUCACUCACCAGUGGGAAGCUAUUGUCCAGCCAACGAGCUCCUAUCAGCAACAGUGCCACUCCAGUUAAACCAAAUGAGGCAGAGGCAAGUCCCAUGUAUGGAAUGCAGAGUCUGUCCAGAGAUACUCUCACUGCAGCUGCAGAGGGGAUUAGUGAUAGCAAGGACAUCGAUUCCAGCACAGCUAGUUCACAGCUGGUGGAAAAUCCUUCGCCCUGUCCCCCGCUGCAGCCAGUGGAUGAGUAAGUGGCCAGAAUUGGAGUUUACCAAAUCAUAGUUCAUUUUUAUUUUAAGUUGUAAUAAAUACAAGGGUAAAUGAGUGCACACUCAAUGACAAAGCUGUGCUCAAACUGGCACAUUCCACUUCAGGACUGUUUGGAAAUGAGGGGAAAAAAAAUUCCUAUUACCAGAUCUGUAGUAACAAAGUGCCAAAUUCCUCCUCCACCCUAAAGAUUUUUAAGAUAUCUUUAUUAGUCACAUGUACAUCGAAACACAGUGAAAUGCAUCUUUUUGCAUAGUGUGUUCUGGGGGCAGCCCACAAGUGUGGCCACGCUUCCGGCACCAACAUAGCAUGCCCACAAACUUCCUAACCCGUACGUCUUUGGAAUGUGGGAGGAAACCUAUGCAGACACGGGGAGAACUCUUUACAGACAGCAGCCGGAAUUGAACCCAGGUCGCUGGUGCUGUAAUAGCGUUACACUAACUGCUACACUACUGUGCCACCAACAACUUUGGGCCAAGUUUAUACGUCUUGCAUAGAAUAGCUAGCCCUCCAGUGAAAAUGAUCAGCUAAAAAUUAAAUGUAAAACAUCAAGGUGGCAACAAAAAAAACAGAACAUGUUUCUUACUAAUCUUUAGGCUGCCUGUCCCAUGCCUAAAAGUGGAAUAUGGGAAGCUUGUCUUCUGCAGAUUAUCAAUUGAUGUCAACUCCCAGAGACAACAGCACAUUUUAGAAUAUUUCCUUUGUUUUUCUAGUGGCUCACGAGGGCUUUGCAUCAAUUUCUGGGGUGAAGGUGGUAUUUGGACUUUAUACUUAAAGCUGUUCAGUACCAAUGGUUUAUGAACAUCAUGGGUUCCACAGGGGGCACUGGGAGGAUCAGUCCCCACAAUUAAUCAAAAAGUACAUUAGAAUCUGCGUGUUGAAGCGUGCCCCUCCAUGCACAAUCAAUUUAAAUGACCAGGCGUUCCCCUCCUCAUCCCCUCAUUACAACUGAUACAUUUCCCACAUUCCACAACUACACAAUUGUGUAGUCUCAUUCCUGCAUAUUAGCUGAAUGCAAAUUCUCCACAGACCAGAACAAUCAAGCAAUGUUUCAGAACAUUUUUAAAUUGCAUUAUAAAGCAUUACUUGCUAUAUGUAAAAGUGUAUGGUUUGAUGGUAGCACAAAAAAUAGGAUACAAUCUGUUUUUUCUCCCUCUGAGUAAUUUAGUUUUGAGUAAGAAUCUUUUGGAAACAGCCAUUUACCAGCAACAGUGUGCACUUAAUAGUUUUUAAUAAACUUUAAAUAUUUAAUGCUUUUCAAGCAUGCAUCAAAAUAUAACUUCAGAGCUUCCAUGAAGAUGCAAAUCUGGAUGCAAAAUCCGCUAAACUUACAAUAACAACUUCAAUCUAUAGAGCAAUUUUAGUGGCAGGACCAGCUUUGAACACAAUGUUCUUCAAGCUAGUGCAAAAGAACACAGCAAUUGCAUUUGUGCAGUUGAUUACUUUGUAUUCCAUCUUUUGUAUAGCUUUGGCCAACAUUGGAAAAUUUCACUGUUAAGGCUCCAGUACAAACUAACAAAAUCUCCCGGAGACAGACUGCAGAUGCUGGAAUGUGGAGCAAAAGAAAAGCUAUUGGAGGAACUCAGCGUGUUGAACAGCAUCUGUGGGAGGAAGGGAAUUGUUGGUGAGUCGAGAUCCUGAUGCAAUGUCUCAACCUUAAUAGUUGACAAUUCCUCUUACCCACCUCCCCACCUAUGAUGCUUGACCCGCCAAGUUCCUCCAGCAGUUUGUUUUUCAUUAGCAAAAUUUCCUGCCUACUGUUUUAAAAAGAUACAGUGCGCUACCUCCAUCUGGUGGCCAUUGUCUGCAGAAAAUGUAUGUCAUCUGGCUGCAUUGACAUUCUUCCUUUGGCAACAUAACUAGAAGAUGGGGAGCAUUAUUUGGCCACCUUGGCUCACAAACCCACAGAAUUCUGAAUUUCUGUGGUGCAGGCUGUUCUUAAAUGCAGGAUUUUCACCUGUGCUAACUUUAUAGUCUCCCUUCUGUGUUUUGAUCACCCUUUAAAGAAAUUCUUGCUAUGUCCAAAAUUUAUCUUUUGAGCCUUGACUUUUCAUCGGAACCAUUCAACUAACUUUUGAAAACUUAUGUAAAUUUUUCCUUCAAAGGCUGAAGAAUUCCAGUCUAUUCCAUUUUUUUCCUAUCACAACUCUAAUAUCGUUAAUUGCUAUUCUAUGCAGCUAGUGCUUUCUCCCAGUGGCUAGAAUGGAAUAGUUUUCAGUGUGACCAGAGAAGUCAGUGGUUUGAUUGGAACCUGAUCCCUAUGGUUUGAAAACACUCCAAGGCUCUUAGGUUUCUACUUACCUUGUCAAUUGUUCUAUCAGAAGUACCCAUCUCCUUUGGUACACUGUAAUUUGCAUUAUAGCAUUAUAGAUCAAUUAUGUCUGUGCUUUUCAAGGUGUUUCAAGAAUCUCAUGGCAUUUGAAGUUGAGAGUUUAAAAUUUUCAUGACAGUAAGUAAACCAAAGAAAUAUUUUUAAGUUAUUUGCCUGAAGCACAAAAAUUCACAAGAUAUAAAACUGAAUUUAAACUUUUUAGAGGAGAUAUAUUACAUUGUAUUUGAUCAUAGUGAGAAAUAACUAGAACUAAUGAGUAGAGGAGAAAAUUCUACUGCUUUAAUAAAAAUGUAUUAUGAAAUGUGCACUUAGUGACUCAACUUGUCCUGAAAACACAUUGGAUAAUCUUCAAUUCAAUUGACAUUUAAAAAUAAAAUCAGAUCACUUUGAAAAUCUUAAUAAAAUGUGCAAUUCUUACCUUGGCAAUAGAGGUUUUAGAAAUUUUCUGAAGUGUAGCAAGCACAAUAUUUACAGAAUAUUAUUAAAAGUCACCAGCUGUUAUUAAAAUAUCUAAAAUUUAUUGUAAAAGUCUGGGGGAAAAUCUGUCAAAUUACUAUUGGCCAUUAAUAAAUACUGCUUUCAAUUAGUGCCAGCAAUGCCAUUUUGCAGAAAUCUCCAAUUACUGAACAUAAUGGUAAGACUUAUAUAAAAAUAACAGAUCUUGCAUCAAAAUGCAUUUCCCAUAACGUACUGCUAUAUAUUAUGACAUCCUCAUUUUAUAAUGACAACUGUCACAGAAUGGAGACCAUAGAUCAUGUUGACCAUGACCUUAUCAUAUGGCGCAGUGGUGCUAAAUGGCCUACUCUUGCUCCUAGGUGUUCUGAAGUAAAUUGAACAUGAGAAAUACAUCUCAAUACUUUUGAGCUCCUCAGCCUAUAUUGCAGUAGCAGCUUGUGGUUUUGUUUCCCAAAUUGCUUUAUAGUUGCAAAUGUUUUUUUUCGUAUUUUAAAUUUUUUUUGAUGAACAGUUGGAAUGGUCUUAAAUUUCUAUCUAUGACACAUUCAACUAGUAUUUUUAUUCAAAUGUAAUUAUAAGCUUACAGAAAAUGCUCAAGUGCUUCUGCAAAGCUUUAGUAAAAGAGCAUUAAUCUGACAUAGCAUUUUGAAAUUUCUCAUGAUGUAAUUACUAUUUACAGAAUUUUCUGAACACGGUAAGAAAAUUCAUUUAUCCAGCAUGUAACCUAACAUCAAGGGGCUGAAACAAAUUAAACAGCUGUUUCCUUUCUCACUUUGAAUUGUUUAGUCACCCUCAUGACUGGGUAGGGAACAUGUACAAUAAUGAGGAUGUGUGCAAGAUUAAUUCUUUACAUGUUUUAAAGGCAGCUAAUAAAGGUCCUACUAUUGCAGACAAGUGUUUCAAGCUAAUUGUAACUGUAAAAUUACCAAGAACAUGCCUUGGGUUGAUUGUUCCCUUUCAAAGGAGCAUCCUGCUAGCAAAACCUCACAGUAGUGAGAAAAAUAGUGAGGUGGGGAGAAACAGAAUUUAGCUGGUUAUAAAUGCAAUACAUUUUAUUGGAAAAUAUACAAUGUUUCUGCAGUAGGAUCAAAAAACUUUAUACAUAAAUAAAAAAUAAGCUUUAGCAUCCUUUAAAUACUGUGAUAUUGAUACUAUUUAAGCAGAACAAGUAUUUUGUAUUCUUGACAGUUUCUGCACUAAUUUUACUGUUCAGGGUACAAGACCCAGCACUCUCCAUUUUAGUAAAUAUGUCCUAUUCUGUAUUCAUAUUUUCUAAGUUAAUACUGAACAGUUGAUACUGAGCAAGAUACUGGAAGUUCUUUACUGUUCCUUAAGGAGCUCUUUUCUAAUUUGAACAAGAUGUUAGUAGAUUUAUUUGAAGUAAAUAAAACAUAUUUUGAG